UGCGAACGCUCGCCUUCCGUAAAUAUCUCGUUAAAGGCAGUUGUCGUAAAACAUAACGUAAGAGUUGUUUCCAUUAUUUAAAAAAUUUACUGAUGUCAUUUUACAUUUUUAGAAUAUGCUAAAUAUCUUAUGUAAGGGUACACGAAGUGUUACAAUAACUUCACACUAAAUUAUCUUUUUGUCGAACGUGACGGCAGGUGAUAAACUGUUUCGCAGUCUGAGAGUCGUAUUGAUAAUAUCAUGACUAAUCUAACCGUAAAACUCAAGAGUAUGCAAGGAGCGUAAAAAGGAAACAAACAUGUGACUUUUCUACUUCGAGGAAUCCAAUUGUCGCGCGUUCGCUAAAAUUUAUUGUUGUUACGUGACGAGAUAAUCGCGCGCGGUGUACGACGAACGCUGUGUCUCUCGUCGUACACCGGCAGAACGUUGUUUCCUGCAUUUUUCGAGUGAGCCAUUCUCUAUUUUCUGUCGCUGAAUGGCUACAGCUACGUCAUUCAUAUUGUCACGAGGAGUCACGUAGGAUUCUUUCGUUUUGGCAGCGCGUUUUCAACGGCGCGAAACACGCGGCUCUCUCGUCUAACCACGUUUCUCUGACGACCGCCGCGUUGCACUCUACGCUUUCACCGUAAAUCAGAGAGCGGCGUGACAACAACUGCCGCGAAUAUACGCGAAGCGCAAUUUGCACAUGGCCAAGAUUAGGUUUCUCGGUGCAACUUUAAUCGUUAACUCUAUGGAUAUUACACGCUAGCAGACGUGGAAUUUUAGAGAUCCUAUAGCUAGAGAUUCCUACUUCUACGAAAAAAAAAUAGAAAUAAUUUUGGUACCCUCGCUAUUGUAUUUUCUUGUAUUUUUCAGCAUUAAGUGUGCACAGAAUCUCAAGUUUUAUCUGUUUUUCUGACAAAAAAAAAACAUAAUUAGUCAAAAUGCCGCGUCGUUGCAUUGUUCUAGCGUUCUCCACCUUCCGCAUGGUUCUCUUCUUCGCGGUUAGACAGCCGCAAGUUUAUUUUGGGUUACCCUCGAGAUUGUGCCAAUGCACGCCGCGAUUCUUGGGUGCGACACUGAUUAAUGAGUCUCCGUUCUUUUCGACGAUACUCUAAGAGCCUUGCCAAAUCUUUCAUUUUAUCAUCGUCCGUUAGACGCUUCUCGCCAAAAUAGGUCGUGGCUCUUGAUUCAGGAUGUCCGGUUUCAGACGGCAGACGUUAUACAUGAGCGUCUUUACUCUAAUUAAAACUAUUUUCUAUUUAAUCACGGAUUAGUCGAAGCGACUCGUCGCAGAUUGCGUCUAAAAAUAUUCUGUUUACGUCGCAUUUUAAUGUAAUUUUGGCUAAUUAUUAUUUUUAAAUGCGGCGAGACGCACGACAUUGCGACGCGACGUUAUUAAUAGAUAAUAUUUCAAUCUCCUCCUAAUUUUAAUGUCAAAGUCUAUAUAGAGAGAUAAAUAGUGUUUUCUUUGUAACUCUAAGAAGAUAAAAUUGUUCUUUGAAGUUGGUGCACUCAUUUCGAUGCUCCUUUAAUCUUUAUUACUCUUUUAAUUAAAUUCUCUUUUCUCCUGAAAUAAGUAGGUAUGUAAAAAAAAAACAGAAUUUGUGUAGAUUACUACUUUAUAAUAUUCAACAUCAGUCUUCCUUUUUUCUGUUAUUUCAACUUGUCUAAGCAUUUUUUACUCAACUGUGCACUUAAAAGAGAACGACAAAAGUUAACGCUAAUCGAUAUUAGUGCUAACGAACUCAGAAUAUUACACUGAUAAAAAAAUAGUAUUCUUCGAGUAUUUAUGUGUUGAAUUACAAUGAUAGUUAUUAUUCAUUCACUUAUUUUUUCACACAAGUUCUGUUAAAAACGUACGCAGAUCGAUCGGCAACACGAGUUACAGAGGCUGAGAAACGAUACCAUUUCGCGCGACGUUCAUUGGCAGUCUUCGGCAUCACGAGACGCUCGAUAAGAAGGAUGCCUCACGGUUGAUCGAUUAGAAAGUUUCACUCGUGUUCGCCAAUAAAUCCGUCAUGCGAAUCGCGAGCAGUGCGCGAAAUCAAUUGUGAAAUUUCAUUCGUGGCGCCAUGAAUCACGGAACACUUGCGUCCCGUCAUUGAUACAUCGCCAGGAAUAUUUUUGGCUACAAUACCUAUUGGUGUUCGAUAGUUACAAGACAUUGCAUCGGACUGACUCGAUGGUAUCGCUUUGUUACCGAUCACUCGCGAGCUAUAUCACAGAUGAUAAUCUCGUCGGACUGCAGAACUUCCUCGAAAAUAAGCGAGUGCAGGUCGACGACAGAGAUGAGAAUGGUAGCACCGCCCUCAUCCUUGCAGCAACCAAGGGAAAAAUACACUUCGUUCGAGAGAUCAUCAAUCAUGGAGCGGACGUCAACGCUGAAGACGCGGAUAACUGGACAGCGUUGCUGUGUGCGGCAAAGGAAGGCUACACUGAGAUAUGUUUCGAAUUGCUCGAGCAUGGUGCCGAUUUGGAGCAUCGAGAUAUGGGUGGAUGGACAGCGCUCAUGUGGGCGACAUACAAAGGUAAAUCGGCGACGGUGACGAUGUUGCUGGGGCGCGGGGCUGACGUCAACGCGCAUGGAAAUUUUCAUAUAUCCUCAUUAGUAUGGGCUGCUGGCAGGGGUUACACUGAUAUAGUGAAAGAUCUCAUUGCUCAUGGAGCGAAGGUCAAUGUCGGCGACAAGUAUGGUACGACGGCACUUGUAUGGGCGUCGCGCAAGGGAAAUGUAGAAAUUGUUGAUAUGCUUCUUAAGGCUGGAGGGAAUGUCGACACAGCGGGCAUGUAUUCAUGGACUGCUCUGGUCGUGGCAACCCUCGGUAAUUAUGUGGAGGUGGUAUCGUUACUAUUGGAGCACAAGCCCAACGUGAACGCUCUAGACAAAGACGGUUGCACCGCCCUAGCAAUUGCCUGCCGUGAAGGUCAUCACGAAAUAGCGAACGCCCUUUUAAAUGCCGGUGCUUACGUUAAUAUUCAGGAUCGGGCCGGCGACACAAACCUAAUCCACGCGGUUAAGGGUGGCCAUCGGGGCGUGGUGGAAUCACUGCUGAAAAAAUACGCAGACGUUGACAUUGCUGGAAAGGAUAAAAAAACCGCAACUUACAUAGCAGUAGAGAAAGGCAAUAUACCGAUACUCAAAUUAUUACUAAACGCUAACCCAGACCUGGAGAUUGCUACGAAAGACGGCGACACGCCUUUAUUACGGGCGGUAAGGUCGCGUAACGCCGAAAUCGUGCAAUUGCUUUUAGACAAAAAAGCCAAGGUCUCGGCUACGGACAAGAAGGGUGAUACUGUACUGCACAUAGCGAUGCGCGCGCGAUCAAAAGCGAUCGUCGAGAUACUACUGAGGAAUCCAAAGAAUAGCCAGUUAUUGUACCGUCCGAAUAGACAAGGCGAGACCCCCUACAACAUCGACGUCAAUCAUCCUAAGACGAUGCUUGGACAGAUAUUCGGUGCUCGGCGUUUAAAUACUAACGAGGACAACGAAAACAUGCUUGGUUACGAUUUGUACAGCAGCGCGUUAGCAGAUAUUCUCAGUGAACCAUCGCUUUCUACGCCAAUUACAGUCGGUCUUUACGCAAAAUGGGGCUCUGGAAAAUCGUUUUUACUGAACAAACUGAGAGAGGAAAUGAAGAACUUCGCACGACAAUGGAUCGAUCCAGUAUUCCAAUUCUCUUCCUUACUCUUUUUAGUAGUAGCUCACGUAUCCCUUCUCGUAGGCGUCACGUUGGGCCUCGCCUUGCAGUCGUGGAUCAUCGGUCUAUCGUCCGGAAUAAGUUUACUAGUUAUCGUUUAUAUUUUUCUGGUUCUCGUUUGGUAUGCCAACAAGAGGUACGAUUGGUAUUGGCCAUAUAACCUGACAGUGGAGCUCACCACCAAGUUGAACACGCUCAAACUGCUAUUGCAAGUGAUUUUUUGUCAUCCGCCUGGCAGUCAAUGUCAGGACGGAAUAGCGGUGCAGCCGAUAAAGUUUUACUUCACCGAUCAGACUCGCGUGGGUACGACCGCCGCCGGUGAGAACGUGGUCGUGCAAAUGGUCGGUUCGCUGUACGAUUCCAUCGAGAACGACUACGGUUCCUUGUCUACCAGACUAUAUAGAGCAUUUAGGCCAAAACCAGAUAAAUCAACUACUACUUGGAAAUGGAGGCGUUUGUGUUGCUUGCCCCACGUAAUCUUAUUCGAAUUCUGCUUAUGCAGCUUGCUCGUUGGUAUCUCGAUACUUACGGUGUACCUCAUAGAUAUUUCGAAUGAAGAGUCCACGAUAGAGCGAGUUACUGCUCACAUUAUCAUGAUAUCGAUUGCCUUGGUCUUGGCCAUCAGUAUAAUAGCAAAUUUAUAUACAUGGAGCAGAACGCUGCAUGCAUUGGUUUUUUCACAGAGGAGACACCUUCAACGCAGUAUAUCAAAAUUGGAGACUCUGAAGAGCGAAGGGUUCAUUCAGACUUUAAAAAGCGAGGUCAAUUUAAUGACAGAAAUGGUCAAGUGCUUGGAUAGUUUCAUGGCUCAACAAAGUAGACUAGUUGUAAUAGUGGACGGUUUGGAUAGUUGCGAACAGGAUAAAGUUUUACUCGUUUUGGACGCUAUACAGGCCUUAUUUAGCGAUAACGGAUAUCCUUUCGUCGUAAUACUAGCGAUUGAUCCACAUAUUAUAUCUAAGGCGGUAGAAGUAAAUAGCAGAAGACUAUUCUCGGAAUCAAAUAUCGGCGGUCAUGAUUACUUACGGAAUAUGGUGCAUUUGCCGUUCUACUUGCAAAACAGCGGCUUGCGUAAAGUCAAGGUCGCGCAACAAACUGCUCAACAUUAUAAGAAGACAGUGUGGACGGAAGCUGAGGAGAGCGUUAACUAUACUGCGACCAGCACUAUGCAUCAUUCAGUAUCCAGUAGGAGACUCAGCACGGAAUCGGCUAUAAUGAACAGCAACGAGAAAUUGAAACCCCAACAAAGGAAGGGCAGUAGAAAGAUGCGAUUGAGUGAAUCAAUCGCUAGCAGUAUCGGCAGUAAUUUGAAUCGACUGGGGGGAGCGCAGGAUCUCAAUAAGAUGUUGCUCACCGAUGAUUACUUUAGCGAUGUAAAUCCUCGUAGUAUGAGGAGAUUGAUGAAUGUCGUUUAUGUCACUGGGCGAUUACUUAAGGCAUUCCAGAUUGACUUCAACUGGUAUCACUUAGCUAGUUGGAUCAACAUUACCGAGCAGUGGCCUUUUAGAACGUCUUGGCUCAUUCUUCAUUACGAUAUGUACGAGGAGAGUCUGGAUGAUAAUAUGUCACUGAAAAGUCUUUAUGAUAAGGUGCGACCGCAAAUUCCAGUAUUGAAGGAAGUGCAACCGCUUCUCGAGAUAGAUAGAGACGAACGCAAGUUGGAUGUUUUCCUCACGUUUCACCGCUCCAGCUUGCUUAUUAGCGACAUGAAAAUAUUCUUGCCUUUCACUAUCAAUCUAGACCCGUACAUUAAAAAGAAAAUAAAAGAGGAACAACAAAGCAUAGAGGAAGACACCAAUCUAUUUAACAAACAAAGUGCUUGGCACGGCCACAAUGUUCCGAUUGAUCAGUGCCCUCCACAAAGAGGCAUGUCGAUGAACCGGCACAUGAUGAAACUUGCCAAGCAAUCGAGUUUGCAGGGAUCCGUGCCGCCGACGCCGUCGUGGGGUUACCAGCCAAGCUUUGAAUGGCAAGUUCCGCCAACUUGGAUGCAAAUGCCUCCCAUGGAACCAGUGUCAAAACCACUUUCCGCAACAACCAUGUUACCGUCCGAAAUUCUGGAAAUAAAGCUGUCGUCCUUAUCAGUGAACGGAGUCUGCGAUCUAAUUGACAAAAUCGAAAACCUUAAUUCGACCCAAGCAUCGAUAUAUAAGCAAGCCAUAAAAGAGAACAAUAUUAAUGGACGAGUUUUAUUACAUUGCGAUUUGCAAGAAUUGAAAAAAGUAUUUAAAAUGACUUUUGGAGAUUGGGAGUUAUUUCGCAUGGUAAUUGUAUCACUACGGGAAAUGGAACUCUCGUCAUUUACAUACGAGGAGGGUCCUCGGAGUGUACGAUUUACCGUAGGAUCCGAACAAGUUUUACGCAAAGAUCACGCUUUGCCAAAUAAUUCGAUACGGGUGUCUGCUCAUGUGGAGAAAGAGAAAGGAACAUCGAGAUCUGAUGGGUCGACUCGCCGUGAUCAAAAUAAACAAUCUAUAAUGGAAAAGCAGUUCCAGGUAACGUUAGAGGAGCAAAUGAUUUGCGGAGCAUUGCAGACGUUGAACGAGGAAGCUUGCGAAGAUGUUUUAGACGUGCCAUCGCCAGCGGUGGCACCAACAGACUCGCUUCCUUCAGGACACGUCAUCUCGGUACACGACACGGAAUAUGUACUGCUUCAAUCCAGUCCGCUGCUUCACUGGGUACCGGUUAACGAGGAUCCGGUGAGCUCAGACGACAGCUCGCACGAUUCCACCGUGUUCCUUCAACGUACCAACUCCCAACGCAGCAUCGCAUCUCAAUAUAGCACGAGAUCAGCCUGCUCGUACAAGACCCUGAAGAGAAGCGGUAGCAACAUCAGCACGAGACCGUCCUCGCUAUUCGUCUCCCCACCGCCGUCGCCGAAGCCUGCGAUCAGGUCGAAGUCGACCGACGAGAGGUGUAUGGGAAACAAUGUAUCCCUGAAGAUCACGCCGUCGUCGGUAUCCACUAAGAGACGCUCCUCCUCAACAUUAAAUGACGAGAUAGUGAUACCAGUACCCACUUCCAGCCUGGAGAAGCUAUCGAAGCUGAAGGAUCGUCUGAUUGGCACCACGUCGACCGCGACGGCGCGGUCACCGGGGCCCGGUGGCGAGAGCGACGACGAGUCCACGCCGCUGGUAUCCGAAUUAUCCACGCCAACGCAUUCCCAAUCGGACAGCGUGUUCAGACACGAUUGCAGCGCGGAGAACAGCAGUUCGCCAUCGUCCAACAGGAGUCUAUCGCGUGACGGAGAGCGUCGCGUAGAUCUAGAUUACGCUGAUACCGUCAGCCUUGUGAUAUGCGAGUCCUCGAACGCUCAAUUGCCGUCUCGACACGGCACCAAGAUCUGGGACGACACAGAGACGCCUGUCUGACACCUGUCGUCUUUUGUAUAUGAUCACAACGUGUGAUAACUUAUAGCGUAUUAUACGUUUGAUUGAUACCGAUCUCAAUUUGAUGAAAGUGACUGGCAUCUGCUGGGCAAGUACAGAUGACAUAAUUCUGUUUUGACGAUAAGCGUCGAGAUAAGAUAUGUCUCUCUCGUGUAAAUAACGAAUAGCGAGAACAUGCAGGUGUUUUUUAUAGUUAGAUUAUUAAACGUGUUCAUCUGCUUAUAGUGGUUUGACGGAGAACGAAUAAAUGCCUUCUCGCGCAAGUCACAUGCGAUAAUCCUUAGUUUAGCGAAACAAGACGAUCUCGAGAUGUACGACGCCGAAGCGACAUUCCGUGUAAAUAUUAAUGCAUUUACGAAUGCAAAACUUUAUCGACAUUUUCCUUUUUAUAUUGAAUCAGUAUCGAAAUAUGUUGGAACGAGGGAGAUGAGGAACAUUUCCCGAUGUAUAGUAUGUACCAAAGUAUCCUGUCCCCAGUAAUCAAUUUGAGUCAAUUCGUAAUGUCAGUGCAAAUAGGUAACUUAAAGAGUAACCGAUAAACGCUAGAAUAUUUUAAAGAAAUGAUAAUUCAAACGACCAGUAUACAAUCGUUGAUUAGACUACAUCUAAUAUAUAUAUAAUUCUAUAAAUUAUAUCUAAUAUUAAUUUAUAGAAUUUUAUCUAUAAUUUUAUCGAACAAAAAAUGUAGAAUGUCACAAAAAUAACUUGUACAAACGGCAAUUAUUACUUAUUUCACUUUAUAUUUAGCUACAAAAAGUUUUUAUAAAGAAUUUUAUUGAGAUAUUGCAAGAUGGAUAUUUAGUUGGACGGAAUAUAUUCGUUUUAGUACUUCUUCCUUAAUUUUAGUGUAUUUUUUUCCUUGUCAAAUUACGAUAUAUUAAUAAAAUGAGAGAAACGCGUAAGCAAUGUAUUGAUACAUUUGUUUUAUUGAAAGGCAAAAAUUGUAACUACAUAACAUUAAAUGUUUAGGACACUUCAGGACGGAAUACAUCAGGGUAUUGAUCUUUCAUUAUAAUAUUGUAAAUAUAUAUAUGUAUAUGAUUGUAGAUAUAUUAGCUUUGAAAAAAUAUAUAUAUAUAUACGUUCAUUUCUUGACAUUAAAUACAAUAAAAUAUUCAAUCAAAUACAAUACAUUGCAAUAAUGUUAAAUACUGUAUACAAUAUAUUUAGAAUCACGGAAACGCGCAACAUAAAGUUAAACCAAUUAAAAGGAGGACAAAUGUUUCCUCUCUACUUUGUAACGAACGUUUGCAUGCUAAUUAAAUACAGGGAUAGUACCGCUUGUAAUUAAAUGCAUUGUUUGUAUUAAGUGUUACGUAAAAACGUCAUAUCACUACAAAGCGGCAGCUGUGUCCUCGUUAGACACGAUAGAAUGUUACAAAUCAUACAGAUUUAAGCUGGAACAUCGUCUAAUACAUACAUAUAAAAUAAUGACAUAGCGCGGUGAUAUAUGUAUCUAUUUUAAUGCGUAUCAAAAUUAUGGCAUAUAGAAAGGAAAAUAUGAGACAAGGAACAAAUUACGAAAAAAAAAAUAUCUUAGGAUAAUAAUCUAUAUAUACUCUGUUACAAAUAUAUACAUAAAAAUUCGAUUUCACAGUUUUAUAGGCGUGGAAUAGUAAAUACGAAUAUCCUUAUAGCUGCAUGUUUCAGGCACAAGUUGUGCUUUACCUAAGACUGGCGAUGAUUCGCGUAUUGAUUCUUUAUUCGUCUAUCGAUUAUUGUCAUCAUUAUAAUACAUAAAUACAUUAAAUCUCAGGAGAAAGAGUAGAUAAAAUCAACGUCAUUAAUUGACCUGAUUAAUUAGCGAAUCUAUAAUGCUUCACUGAUAAAAGUGUUCUCAAAAGUUUUGAUCAAAUUUACUUAUUAACGAUUUAUUUAUAUAAUUUAUAUCAUAUUAUUGUAUAAUGAGAAUGAUAAUACUUAUAUUUUUAAUCAGUCACAGCGAAUACGAUUUUUUCGUUUCUAAUAUUCGCAUAAUUGCAUAUUCGUCCAUCGCACGUUAAAUUCAAAGGCACAAUGACUGCUAAUAUAAAAAUGCUACCUUACAAAUGCAUAGGCUUAACAUUUAGACACGAGCAAUAUACGUUGCCUCACGAAAUAUGUAGGUCUGUUCGUUUUAGCUGCACUCUGUUACUUCCCGUAAUUAAAGCGAAACGAAAGUACAUUUGGCCUUUGCAAAUAGAAACAUAAUAAAAUUGUAAAAAACAAACGUAAAUAGUGCGUUUAACGCGAAUAGACCUUGCAUACAUACUUUAUAAUACAUGUUGGCAGAUUAUAAGGACACUUGUUUUAUCAACACAUAAGUUUAAAAUAAAUGCAUCGUACAAUUAAGGAAUGUUCGCGAC